GAGGUUGCAAGGGCAGAGGGUAGAAGCAGGGGGAACAGGGAGAUGAAUAGGAUCUGAAUGCAUGAUAUAAAAUCCACAAAGAAUCAAUGAAGAGUUUAAAAAAAAAAAGAAAGAAAAGAAAAAGAAAAACCCUUAACCCUUGUGUGGCCUCAUGCUAUGCUGUUGUUAUUAUCAUCAUGACAAACACAAUUACAAACCUGUAAUUUAAACUAGUUUAAACUAAAUAUAGCUGGAACACCAUGAAGAAUUUGUGACUCCUGUUGCAGGGUUAGCUGGGAUAAAGAGUUACAAUUCAACUCUAGCUCUUUCUCAUUUAUACUGCGCCCAUUUGUUGAAGUCCUUACUAUGUUGUUUAUUGUAUGAAGAGCAAAGAUAACAGGAGACUACAUAGAACUUCAUUUCAGGAACUUACAGAUCCUCGCCAGAGCUUGCCAAGCUUUGCAAAAGUUGCACACCCAAAUGGAGAAUUGCUCAGAAACAGAUUGUCACUGUCAUGUGCAGUGUUUUUGAGAUCUAGAAAGCUGUAAUAGAUCCAGACUGCUAUGCUACUGAGCUCUUAACAUGAAAAGUCAGUAGCGACCUUGGCAGCUGGGUGACGCAUGUGGGAACAGUGGGAGUGACCCUGGCUGGGAAACAGGAGGCCUGGAUAUUGUUUCUCUUCUCUGUAUCCUGCUCGGCAUCACAGGACUCUGAACUCUGAAGCCUGUACAAUGGCCUUCCCAGGCCGAUCACGCCCGUGCACUAUCCCAGAAAAUGAAGAAAUCCCCCGGACAGUCCUUAACAGUGUCCUCGAGACUAAUGGGAACGAAGACGAGAGGGCUGUAUCCAAGCUGCAACGCAGGCACAGUGAUGUAAAAGUCUACAAGGAAUUUUGUGAUUUUUAUGCGAAAUUCAACAUGGCCAAUGCCUUGGCCAGCGCUACAUGUGAGCGCUGCAAGGGGGGCUUUGCACCUGCGGAGAAGAUUGUGAACAGUAAUGGUGAGCUGUACCAUGAGCAGUGCUUCGUGUGUGCUCAGUGCUUCCAGCAGUUCCCAGAAGGACUCUUCUAUGAGAAUCUACAGUGUCUUGUGACUGUGUCAGACUGAAUACUUCUACUCCAAGUACAGAAUCCUUUUACAAGGCUUGCAGCAGAAGCAUCUCUGGCCUCCCUCAGUGCUUGCCCUACAUGGAAUCUUCCCAUCCCAAUCCUGUGUCUUCCUUUAUCAGGAUAUCAUUGGACAUCCUCCUGAAAGGGAACCUGUGUCACCUACUUCCUGAUCUUCAAGCCAUACUCUGGAGAUUUUAAUGCAUUUUCUAAAGAGGAUCUUGUUUGGAAUUGAAUAUUGCAGGACCCACACUGUGUGCCUUGAGAUAUUUCUAAACACUUGUUUUUCUCAGUGUCAUCAAAUGGUCUGUGUUUCCACCAUUAUUGAAACCCUUUUAUCACAGUAAACAUGUACUGUGGAGAUGGCCUAGGGAGGCUCACCCCCCCUCCCCCGUGUCAUGAGUGAAAAUGAGAGUGACAACUUUGGCAUUUUUUUUUUUUUUGCUACCACACCACUUAGCAUAUUUGCAAAUGUGUGUUUUUGUAUGACAAUAUAUAGAAUUAUGAUACAGCUAAAAUGUCUGUUCUUUGAUUUCUUUUUUAGUUACCAUUAUUUUUAUGUGUAUGUGUGUUUUGCCUGCAUAUAUAUGUCUGUUUACUUUGUGCAUGCCUGGUACCCUUGGAAACCAGAAGAGGUUGUGAGAUCCAUUGGACCUUUAUUUAAAGAAUGUUGUGUGCUGCUAUGUGGUUAUAGAAAUUGAACCCAGGUCAUCUGCAGGAGCAGCCAGUGUUCUUAACUGCUGAGCCAUCCUCCAGCCCCUUUGAUUUUUUUCUAUCCCUUUUCUCCUACCAAACUUAGAUUUUCCUGUCUCCAUGAUUGAGGAAGGAAAGGUAGUUUAUAAUGGUCAUUACUAAACUAAUUAUUACACUGAGACAUUUUCCUACGCCUCUGGGGAAUGAAAUUUGCAGGUCAGCCUGGAAAACAUCAUCUGUCUCCACAGAUGCUUAAAAAACCAAACUUCCAUUUAUGAAUUGUCUGUAUGUAACUCAAGGAAAUAGCAUUUAACAUAUAGUCACAGAAUAAAAUUUUAUUCUUUUUGUCAGGAAUGAUGGUCUUAGGACUGGGAAGGACAGGAACAGGAGAGGUCAGGGUCCAACUGCAGGAGAAGAGAAGUUGGAGGUAGUUCCCAGGAUUUAUGGAUGGUGGUGGGCGGGCCAAACCUCUGCUGAGUCUGAAUGGCUGUGAUUGGUACAAAGAAGCACAAGUUGGGCCCCUAGUGGCUGUAACAGCACGGGAGGGAGGGUUGCUCUUAGAACUGCUGUGACUCAAUUUAGAAAACUCUAAAGUUGACAAAAGGAUCUGAAAUCGAAAACUCAACCAGAUAAUACUGUUGUGAUUUUAAGAUCUUUAUGAUGAAUUAGGGAAGACAUAAGGUAAAUAUGAAGCUUUUAUUACUCAUGCCUAGAAGUCAGUACACAUAGGUUAGGAAAGUAUAGGCAGAGGUAGAGACAGGAUCCAUGGGUCAAAGCUCCAUUGGGUAUCAGCAUACAAAAGGUCUCCUGUGAAGAGUUGUCACUAGUAGGUUUAAAGCAAGCAGACACAAUUUAGGUGACUGUGCUGUGACGUCUGGAUCAGUACAUUCCAUGCUGGGUGUGGGAGUCAGCCCAGCCACACAGUCUGUGUCUAGCUGACCACAAGUAGGAGGUUGUCAGGGACAGUGAUGUAUGACAGACAUCUGGAUUGGUAACACUGUGGAGCUGGGAGGCACAAAACUGGAGACAGUUAGGGGGACUGAACCCUACCUCUGGUAUGAGAAAGUAUAACUUCUGUUCACAGUGGAUGUCAAAACAACAUGUCAUCAUAGACAUCCAUGACAAGUCCCACAGCAUACAAAGAGGUCCCAGAAAUAAUGCGGGAUGGCUUAGUCAAUAAAGUGCUUACUGUGCAAGCAUGAGGACCUGAGUUUGGAUCUCCAGCGCUUGUGUAAAAAACCUGGUAGUGGCAUAUGUCUAUAAUACCAUAGCUAAGGAGGCAGAAACAGGAAGACCCACCUGGGACUUGCUGCCUAGACUCCAGCUGAAAUCAGUGAGGUUAAGAUUGAUGGAGCACCUAUCUCCAAAAAUAGGAUGGACAACCACUAAAGAAGACACUAGACAUCAAUCUCUGGCCUCCACAUGAUCACACACACACACACACACACACACACACACACACACACACACACACACACACAUUACUGCACACAUAACAUGCACACAGACAAAUAAGUAUGUCUAGAUACAUACAUACCAAAAGCAAAAAAAGAGGGAGCACUGGUAUUCAUAAUGUAUUAAGGCCCCUUUAAUCCCUACCUUCCUUUUCUUUUGAGGCCCUGAUAGGUGAAAACAUGACAACACAGCAGGUAGCAGUUUGCUGUGUGACAGGUAUUAGAACUCGUUUCUGCCCUAGAAUCCAUACGGGCUUCUUAAGAUUAAGGAAAUGUUACUGAACAAGCAAUUUAGGAAAGAGUCAGAAACUCAGAGGGAAAGGUCAGUUCUAGUCUGCCCAGAACUUUGUCUUCUGCCUGAUCUGCCCUCUGAGAGCAUCAUGGAGCACAGUCCCUCUCCAUGCCUUUUCUCUAGUGCUGUCCUUCUGCCUGCCAUUUGGGCAUUAUCUGGCACUAUCUUGCUCAGACAGCAAUAGCUCCUCCUAUGCACCUGCUUGUACAUGUGGUCCUAUCAGCUGCAAAGCCACUUACGUUUGAUCAGAGGGAAAGCUUGGAAACAGCCUUCCACAGAGCAGAAUAAAAUAUGACUCACACUUGUCCUUCUGUCCACUCCUCACUGCUCCUCACUUCUGGGCUAUAAAUAGCCUCCCUAGUAUUAUUCCAAAAGAUGUUUCAAAUCCCAGAGUUGGGCUAUAUUGGGCUGUUGCCUCUGGGUCCUAAGGAAUACAGCUAUUUUAGCUACAAUGUUUAGGGCUUAAAUUCCUUUUAAUUGCCAGGGAUUAAAUCUGCAGGUAGAAAAUAAGAGCUUUACUUUUGGUUAAAUGACAUAUUAGAGAAAAGGCUAUCGCCAUCUAAGAAUGUUUGUAUGAUGAAGCAUGCAGGGCAGGACAUGUGAGUUGUUGAUAGUGUGUGUGCUUGCUUAGCAUUCAGGAAGCCCUAGGUUCAAUCCCCAGCACUUCAGAAGAUAGACAGUCAGGAGAGGGUGUCUUCUCCAGUCCAUACCUUUGCUAUUGCUUUUAUCUUUUGCCAGAGCAUCCACCUCCCCUUAUUUCCACAGUUCUUACUCUUUCUUUUCCCUUGGACACUAGCUAUGAAGACUUACAGAUAACCAAGUGUGGUAUUGCACACUUGUGAUCACAUCAUUUGGGUAACUGAGGCAGGAGAUUUGCAAGUUCAAGGCCAAUCUGGUCUGCUUAGUAAGACCUGGGGAGUGGGAGGGGCAAGGAGAGAGGGAGAGGUUUUAGUUACUUGAAAACAUGAUUGACUUCUCUGUAGAACAUUGGGUUAGAUGACUAGGAUACUCAUCCUUCUGGCCACAAAGACGAGUCUGGACCAGACCCCUGUUCACUUCCCAUUCACUAGAGCACAAGCAUUCUGGUGCAUAUGUACUUCUCUUAAGCACGGUAUAACUGGAUAUGAUUACAUACGCUUAUAAUUCCAGGACUUGGAAGAGGCAGGAGUACCAGGAAUUCCCGACAUCCACAUGGUGGCUCACAACCAUCUAUAGUUCCAGUGCCAUGGGACUUCAUGCCCUCUUUUGACCAUUUUGAGCACCAGGACCCCAUGUGGUGACUAAAUAUGCAUGCAGGCAAAACACCCACAACAGAGAAAUCAGCAAACAUUUUUGUUUUGGUUUGGUUUUUGGUUUUUCAGACAAGGUUUCUCUUUAUAGCAGCCCUGGCU